GAUGGAAUUUACCCUCAAGUUGCGACCUUUAAUUCCAAAUCCUCAGUUUCCUCUCAUUAGUUGGUUGAUGUUGGUCGUUUUUGUGCUCACGCGGAGAGAUUUAAAUUUAGUUACAUAUUUUUACUAAAAAGAAAGUUUUAAGUGUUUGUUACUCACUAAAAAAAAAAAGAAGGAAAAAAAAAGAUGUUUAAUGUGCUUUAAGUGUUAACGUUUUUUCCUUUAAAGAAUAAAGCAAUUCAGAAAGGAAAAGGAAUUAAAUUUUAUUUCAUCAUCUUAACAACAAUUGUUUCAAAAAAAGGAACAAAUUACCGGAAGAACAAUGUCUUUUCCAAAAGCAAAAUUGAAGAGAUUCAACGAUAUUGCAGUGUUCAGCUCACCUUUUGGCGGGAAGAGUUCGUCAAGUAAGAAGGAUAAAAAAUCCCAAAAGACAGGAAGUGCUUCGGAUCUCGAUGCUGUAAAGAGCGAGUCAAAGAGUUCAAAGUCCACAGCCUACAGACUAUUCAGAACGCCCUCCUUGCCACGUCGCUUGAAAUUCCGCGCUAAUUCCGAAUCAACACCCAAGAAGACCCCAACAUCCGCUAAGGGAAAUGAUGCAGGUAUCCCACUUCCGGCAGCCAUUCGGCAAAAGGAAGCCGUUGAAAUUAUUCGGCAGGAAUUGAAGCAUAAAACAGAGAAACUCGUUGAGUAUGAGGGGCUCUUUGGGGCUCUAAGGGCAAAAUAUGACGAUGCAGUGGAAGAGAAUGUGGGACUCCGUGGCUGCCUGGAUGGGCUGCGACGUGAAGCCAGGGAAGCUGAUCGUGCCACAAAGCUACUACGACAGGUGGCUGAUGGGGCUCUGCAGAAAAUUAUGGAAUUUGAAAUUGAGCGCGCAAUGCUCGUGCGUGACUACGAGGGAUUCGUGAAGGAGCUCCAGGCUGAGAAUGAGCAGAUACGGGAAGAACGAGCAGAAAAGCAGGAAUUUGUGGAAUUUCUGCAGGUUGAGACUGAAGUCCUCAGAGUGUGUGCAGAGCAGAGCGAAACACGCAUUCGGCAGCUCACUGAUGACGGGAUUGCUCUGCGUCGUGAACGUUCAGCGCAGGAGGAGGAACGCCAGAAGAUGCUUACGGAGAUGAAGCACCUCCAGAAGGUAGUUGACGAUCUCACAGUUGAGCUAGAACUGGCGAAGGAUAUGAAUGCCGAAGUGAAUCAGGAGCUGCGUGAGUGUCAAAUUGAGCUUGAUCACAUGGAUUUGAGGCUGAAGGAGACCGAAUCUGUGGCUGUACUGGAGAGAGCGAAGCUCCUGAAGUGUCACGUGGAGCAUCUGGCGGAAGUUGAGAAGGAUAAAAUUCGCGAUAUAGAGAAGAUCAAUGAGACUGCCGAGGAGAGGAUUCGUCUAGCUGCUCUGCAUGCUGAUGAGAAGACACGCAGUCUCGAGCGGGAAAUUGAGGCAGCUGUUGAACGGGAAACAGCCAUGUGGCGCUCUGAGCUCGAUAGAUGCCAAAAGAUUGCUGAGAAUGAAAUUCUGCAGAUUGAGUAUGAGAAGCGGGAUCUCAAGGUACUCCUGGAUGAUGCCAAUGAGUUGAUGAAGGAGAAAGACAGGCAGAUUGUGGAGCUGGAACGGAAUCUGAAGACAGGUGAUGAUAUUUACACGCGCUCUCGACGAGAUUGCGAGGGUGAGAUGAAGAAGAUGCAGGAGGCAUAUCAGAAGCUCCUCACGGAGAAGCACAGCUACCAAUUAACGCUGGAGAAUACCCGUUCAACCGUUAGCAUUCUCAUGGAACGCCUCAAGAGAUCCGACACAGACGUUGAGGUGUUGAAUCUCGAGAAAUCCUCAAUGAAUUGCGAAAUUGAGCGUCUCAAGGAGCAAAUUUUGCGUCUUGAGGAUGAAAAGGAAGAGCUCCGUGGUGCCCUGGAGGCUCUCACAAAAUCCUCCGUGGCCCUUGAAGUUGAAAUGAAGGGUCGUGAAGCACUCUUUGAGCAAUUGAUGAAUUCCGAAGCAGAAACCCUGGCGGUGGUUGAUAAUCUCGGGAAACUCUUCCAGGAUCGUCUUGACGAAGGUGCCGGGAGGUAUGCAGAGAUGUACAAUGAUCUGAAGAAGCGCUACGAAGUCCGUGAGACCUACAUAAAGGACAUGAAGGCUCUCCUUGAGGAGUUUGCCGAUGGCAUUGAGUUGGCACGCAUUGAACUCGAUUUGAAGGAUCAGAAAUUGAAUGAUCUCGAAGAGGAGAAUCGCAACAUAAAACUCGAGAGUAUGACGUACAAAUUCAAAUGCCAACAAUUUGAAAGUGAAGGAUGCAGCAAAACAGACGGAGCUAGACCACCAAAUCCAACACCUGAUCCAACACGUGAAGCCCCCGAGGGUGUGGAGUCCAAUCAAAUGAUUCAGGAGCUAAUUGAUGAGCUGGAAAAGGAAACAGACGACGCCGUACAAACGGAGACAGUGCGACAGAUUCAUCUUCUGGAGGAUUUUGUCGAUUGGAACACGGACCAUGCGGAGGAAAAUCGAAAAUUGCGCCAACAACUGCAGGAGAUGACGCGAAAAGUGGAGAAGCUCGAAGCGCAAAUGCAGGAAAGUGCUGCACCGAAGGACAUUCAACCGGUUGAGAAGAGAUUUGAGUGCUACAAGGAGGAUAAUAUGAUUCUCAAGGAGAGAAUUUCUCAUUUGGAAUUUGUAACGAAGGAUCAAGAGGUGACGAUAAGUGUCCUCAAGGAUAUAAUUGACUUCAAUCCUGUCUCACAGAGUGCCCCAACGACACCGCAUAAGCAUUCGCGCAAGGAGAAAAAUACACCACGUGGUGGAACCCCAAAGACCCCAAAGAGUCUCUUCGCUGGCAAGGAGAAUCUCUCACCUGCGAAGGUUCUACGUGCACGAAACAACUAACUACAAGUGAAGAAAUCCUCGAGGUCUUGUCAUUUUUCUUUUAUUUCUCAAUCACAUAAAAUAUAUCUAUUCACAUUCAUUCCAAUUCUUUUUCUAAAAAACAAAUAAAUAAAUAAAAUUAACUACAA